AUGGCGGGGGAAGGCCUGGCCAGCAGCAUUAGCCACGUUUUCAUAGAUCUCGACGACACCAUGUAUGUCAACCCCGUGGUUCCUGCCAUCGUGAAGCGCAGGAUUAUUGAAUACAUGACUCAGCGCUUGGCAGUGCCCCCGGAUGAAGUCGAGAAGCUGUGCUCCGACCUGCACGCAGAGUACGGAACGACGCUCUGUGGAUUGCUGGCAACAGGGUAUGACAUUGACGUAGAGGAAUGGCAUCAGUUCGUGGAGGGCACUCUUGAUUACGGCAAACUGAUACAUCGGGACCCCACUCUCCGAGAUAUGCUUUGCCGGAUUCAGCAACCCAAAUAUGUUUUUACAAAUGCUGACUACGCCCACACGCAGAAGUGCCUACAGUGUUUGGGUGUGGAAGACUGUUUCCAGGGAAUCGUUUGCUUCGAUUCCAUACAAAAGCUGGGCCAACAGAAGGGUCUGGCGGACCGCUCCAAAGUCAUCUGCAAGCCAUCACCAUUGGCUUUUGAGCUUGGGUUGGAGCAAACUGGCGCACAUGCAUGCACCAGUGUAUUCGUGGACGACAGCCAACGAAAUGUAGCUGGAGCCCGGUCUGUGGGCAUGUUAUCCAUUCUGGUGAGCGACAAAGGGAACCCUUGCCACACUGGUCUUGCCAUCAGGCACAUUCACGAGUUCCCAAGGGUGCUCCCACAACUGUUCGAUUGUGGCAGUGAACGAGAAGAGUUGGUCAUUCCAAACCCCAUCGCUUUGAUGGCUCCGAGCUCUUCAUAG